UUUCACGCGUUCGUCGAUUUGACUUUAAUCGUAAUGGGAUACCGAUACCUCAACGAGUGCCCACUCCAGUACAUGGUCCCCGUUUACCUUCUGGUCGCCGGGAGCUCCGGAAUGGCCUUGACCUUUUUUAAAACGCUGGACGCCCUCACGACCCGCUGGUGCGACCUCAGCCUGUACGCGGCCACCUUGCUCAGCUGCUUUACCAGCGUCUGGUUCCUGGUCGGCAACUACGUGGCCUACGGUACGCCGAAAGGGUUGAGUUCGAACCCGACGGACAGGGGCUACUGUAACCCUGUCGUUUACUGGUUUACACUGGCUUACGUUACCAUGGUGUGGAUCGUUUGGUUCGUGGCCGCCUUCCUGUUCCUGUACGUCGCGCGUUGCUGUGACUGAAAUGAGAUGCGAGGAGAGCUAUAUAUUGAAAUAAUCACCGGGAAAUGACAACACAGAACCGCUUGUAUAAGAAUUCCAAGCGUUUUGAAUUGGAUGACUUCAACAUCACUAAAGAAUAUUGACAGCCUGUAGCAAUCACUGCUGACAGUCAUUUUUUUUGGCUUGGACCAAAUUUAAAAAGAAAAUACUAUCAAUAAUAAGCAUGUUUUUCACAAGGUUCAUUUAAGACCAUCUAUCAUGUACCAAUGUAGGGGACGCCGCCAUGCG